AUGCGCUAUAGCUGUACCAAGAGUGGUGAGGUUUUCGUUGAUUUCUCCAAAGCCCACGUACUAGGUAGACUCGGGUACCACACGGAGGAGAUCAUAAUAGUCGCAGAAACCACCGACCGGAUAUUUCAGCAGCUUUACAGCACGCGGAAUGUCUCUGCCAGUAGCCAUGUUGGACGUCUACUGGGCACCCGCCUACAGUAUGCUGGCAUCACCAACGUGCAGCUGGAUCUACAGGGCAAGAAGUACCACGGUAAAACCAAAGCGUUUGUGGACGGGAUCCACGAGAUGGGAAUCAUCACGACUGAGAACACGAAGAAAAUUGCUGCGAUCCACAAGCUUGCUGACAAAGCGAAAUAG